CAUCCAAGACAAUCCGAUACGGAGCCAUUUCCAGCCGUCGCAUCGCCGCUACGCUUGCAGACAGUUUUGCUUAUUUUGCAAACGACUCGUAGUUGCUGCCCCGUUCUGAUCGUAACUGUUAUGUCGCUUGUAAACUGAGUGAGCAGAUUUCUUUACCCUUAAUCUUUUAUCAAUGGAAAGCGAACAGCCUGCGGAAGAAAAGACUGUGCGUGUGGUUGUGUACCGAAACGGAGCAGGUCGCGAUGGAAAGGUGGUCCUGGUUCCUCGGACUUUAGACGAGCUGCUGAAAGCCAUCAGUGCCAAGUUCGGCAUUCAAGCUAAACGGCUGUUUACAAGCAAAGGUGGAGAGAUCGACGAUACAAGUUUAAUAAGAGACGAAGAGACCUUGUUCGUCUCAUCCGGCGAAAGCUUCAUUGCUCCACAGUGCCUGGCCCCUGAAAAGCCAGACUGGGUAUUGCUCAACGUUGGUGGAAAGCACUUUGCCACUACAAGGAGCACAUUGGUUUCCAAAGAGCCCCAUUCUAUGCUUGGGCGUCUGUUCAGUGAAGGUGCUGAUGGAACGGUAUGGCCAAGUGCCAAGGAUCACCACGGGGCUUACUUGGUUGAUCGAAGCCCUACCUACUUUGAACCAUUGCUCAACUACCUUCGUCACGGGCAGCUUAUUCUCGAUCGAGGGGUUUCACCACGGGGUGUCUUAGAAGAAGCAAAGUUUUACGGAAUUGAAUCUGUCAUUCCAGAGCUGGAACGGAUUAGUCAGCAGAGUGAGUGCGAUCCUGGUGACUGCCUUCCACUGACAAGACAAGAUGUCAUUCGCGUCCUCACCAGAACGUCCCACCUGUCGGAACUGCGAUUUCAGGGUGUGGAUCUGUCUGGCGCUGACCUGUCCCGGCUGGACCUGCGGCACAUCAAUUUCAAGUGGGCCAACCUGCGCAAGUGUCGCCUAACGUGGGCCAACCUCAGUUACUGUUGCCUUGAGCGUGCUGACCUCACCCUGGCCAACCUUGAGGGUGCCCAACUGGUUGGAGCCAAAAUGAUGUGUGCCAACAUGGAGGCAGCGCAUUUACGUUCUUGCAACAUGGAGGACCCCGCUGGUAACAGUGCCAACCUGGAAGGUGUGAAUCUGAAGGAUGCAGAUCUGGAUGGCAGCCAAAUGGCUGGGGUGAACCUCAGAGUUGCAACCCUCAAGAAUGCCAAUCUGCAGAACUGCCAUUUGCGCCAAGCCAUUCUUGCUGGUGCUGAUCUCGAGAACUGCAACCUGUCUGGAAGUGACUUACACGAAGCAAACCUCCGUGGUGCCAACCUCAAGGAUGCCGUCAUGGAGCUGAUGUUAACACCACUGCACAUGGCUCAGGCCAUCUGAUGACUGCUGUCCGUGUGUGUGUGUGUGUGCAUGCACUUGCCAAGCAACCAUGCAUUUUCCCGGUGGACGGCUAUCUUCCUCACUGUGGUGAAUUUGUUAUCAGGUGGCCUCUGAAGGCAUUACCUAAUCUGCUUCAGUCUGUUAUCACUGGCGUGUUGCCUACUAGAUACCAGCUACUUCGUGUGGACUUGGUAACCUAAAUUUGUGUGUUACAUUUGUUUUUUUGCUUAGCUUUCUUUUUUUCUUUGCUUCCAUUGCUUUGAGUUGUUGACCUUUGUAAUAGCAAUAACCACAGAAAGUUGCAAGAAGUUUAGUUAAUGUACAUUUGUUAUGGACCGGUCCUUGUGGCAUCCUUGUCAUGUAGACAAACAUGCAAAAUAUAUUCAAAACUCUUUGCUUGUAUUCUUUCUGAGUAAGUACAAAGUCAGGGGGGUAUUUAACCAACUAUACAUAUUUUGUUAAAGAUGUUUUUAAUGCAUAGCACAUGCUAGCAGGAAUAUUUUCAGAAUAACUAUAUUCAGCUAGCCUACAUAAAUUAAUGUUAAUUUGUGUGAAUGGGGAUGUGCAAAAAUACGACUUCUUUAAUUUUUAUUUUAUUGCAAGCACAGUUGUUCUCUCUUCCCUCAUUUUGCAGUGAAGUGUGAACUGCCCUGCAAUUCUAGCUUAGACAUACAAGCACUUAACAUUUCUUGCGUAGACUGACACACUGUGCUUAGACUUCUCGUGCAUUUUAUUUUGAGAACCUGUACACUUGGUGACUUGGCUACUGCCAAACUUAUGUUAUUCUCUUGUAUCAUACUGUAAGCAGCCAGGUGUCUUGUCCUCACUGUAAAAUUUCUCUGUAAUAAAUUUAUAGCCUUUCGUGUUUUCA